UUUUCAAACAAAUUUUAACACUGCUCAGACGUCUGUCAGUGUCGUCUCUUUGACAAGUUUGUGCUGGGUGGCCUUUUUAUCUUUAACUCUCAGUCAAAUUCUAAUGUUGUUUAGUUGGUCAGUGACAAUUCUGUCAUCGUUUGCUUGGUAAGAGCUGUUAAGCUGUUGAGCGUCUGCACAGCAUGUUUGCUCGGGGUCUGCUCAUCUGUGUUCUGCUGAGAGCAUUCAGCACCCAGGCUAAAGUGGUCACAGAGUUUAAUCCGGAGUGUAGCAAGUUUUUCUAUAAAGGCACAGAACCAACUUGGAUGAAUCAGAAUGCCAAGAAAAUCUGUCAGAAGGUGGAAAAUGGAGGCUUUUAUUAUGCUACACUAUACUCUGAUGAUCACAAGAUCCCUCUCUACAGUGCAUACACCCUGAACAAAAACUGCACAACAUCUGAUAAAGUGGCAUCCAUCUGGCACCUUGAGCCUCAGAUUUCACAACCUGGACACCAAAUUGAUCACAUGGUUCGUGAGAGUUAUUCUACUAUAAAUGCUUUUCAAGAGAAACAGGCCAUCAGCAAAGACUACAGUGAUACUGGGUAUGACCGCGGACAUCUAUACCCCAACAGCUUCCAAUGCAAUGAAGGCCGUAAGGCGACGUUCACUCUGACCAAUGCUGCACCGAUGGACGCUUGCUUCAACAGAAUACAAUGGAAGAAAUGGGAGAGCACGCUGAGAAGCUUUUUAUUAAAAAAAUCUUAAAAGUGAUAUAUUUUUAGCAGACGCUUACAUUGUCACAGGUACGGUACCUACUACAAUACCAAUUUCCCAAAAACAAGAAGUUACCGAAGCACCUAAAAAAAGGGUGAUGGUGCCCUCUCACAUCUGGACGGCUGUCUGCUAUAAACACCGGUUAGAUGACGAAAAGUCUUUUUCCUUCAGCUAUCUGGGAGAAAAUCUUCCUGAAGGAGACAUCACCCUGAUGAGUGUCGAAAACCUGAACUCUCAGCUCAGUGUACUCAACAGUUACCAGACAAUUCAGAUUUUUGCUGAUAAUUGUUUUGGUAACAAUAAUAAAUUAAGCAAGGUUCAGGGUGAGUUUCAGAAAUUAAUUAGUCUGAAAGUAUGUAAAAACCAAAUGAACACAAAAAUACAAAACAUAUGUAACAACCUAGGGGUCAUCAUUCCAGCAAUCAAUAGGAAAAGGACAACCAGUCAGCUCUUUGAUGUGAGUGAGAUGACAGUAAAACUAGCCUUCAACAGUAUGAGCUCGUACUUCACUGGGGUUGAAGAACUCAAGACUCUUCAUGGAAGUGCUUGUCUUAUAACUCGUGCCAAACCGCUCAAAAAGGGAGAUGUGUCGACAGAUGAGGUUGAAUGUAUGUUGGUGCCAGAGAAGCAGAACACUGCAGCUGAUGGUUCAUCCUGCUUAUACAGAUCUGAAUCUGAUAACGUGUGUCGGUGUUACUAUGAAGGUGGACAUAAGCCCUGCUGCUCCUCUUCCUGUCUGUACCAGGACGAACUGCAGGACUACAGGUGUUACUCAGGCCAGGAGCUGGUCAGGUGUUCACCGCGGUAUUCACUCAUCACAGCUGAUGGACAGCGGUGCAAGGAGGACCACCCAUGUGCCACAUAUGGUCAUGGCUACUACUGGUGCAGGACCAGCGCUGAGGAAACAAGCCCCUGCAGCCCUCCGCUGUGGAGGAGUAAGGCUAAAAAUGGAAAGUACUGCCGUAGUAACCAUGCCUGUGCAAAAUAUGGUCAAAGCGAGCCGUGGUGCUACACAGAUGAUGAAGGCAACUCUGACAAGUGCUGUACUUCAGAUGACUGCUACUCAGCUGUGAAUGGCAAAACCUGCAGGUCUGAUCACGAAUGUGGCUACCAUGGCUACUCCUUCCUGUGGUGUUACACUGAUGAUAACAACAACUGGGAAUAUUGUUGCACAGACUGUGAUGAUGGUGGUAAUACUGAUAACACUUGUGUUAACACUUAUGCUUCCCCAUUUUCAAAUUAUGCUCCUGCUUGGAUGUAAAAAAAAACUCUCUUGAUUUCUUCCUUAAACAAACCUAUUUUGUGCUUGUCUAGAAAAUGCUCCUUGAUUUAAGAAUUGUAAAAUAUUUAGACUAGAAACAAGACAGAAACUGUAAAUAAGAAAAGCAUUUUUGGAGUGCAGACAUCUGACAAAUAGAAAGUCAAACAAGAUUAGAAAUACACUGGAAUAAAUAUUCAUAAAUAAGCAAUUUUCUGCAAUAUUUUAUACUUUGCUAACUAUUUGCUCUAAGAUUCUAUUCAAUUCAAAUUGUUUUUCUUGGUUGUUGUUUUCCGUGUUUUGACCUUUAACCUGUUCAAAGUGAUUUUCAUUCUUUACUGCCUGUCCUGACCAUUUGCCUGUUUUUAGAUUACGCACUUGGAUUGUCUUUUACACUGUACAGUAUAUGCUGGUUUUCCACCCCUGCCAGCCUGAACAUUGUGUAAUAAAGCCGCAUUUAAAAAAAA